GCAUGUGCUCUUCAGCCAUGUUCUCCUUUUAAAUAAGGAAGAAGCGGGAGGCAAUAAUGCAACUUUGUGUACUCAAUAUCUCAUUCACAUUAUCCUCACGACUUCCAAGAAUUACUAGUCUGUUAAGAAAAAAUAACCAGAAGAGAUACUAACGCACGCGAGAAGCUCGACCCUUCUUAACCCCCAGAUGUAAACAUUGGCGGGCUAGUGUAUCGAGCGUUAGCAGCAGCUUAACGUUAGCUGGUUAAGCUAAAGAUCAGCAUUGUGGACAUACCUGGACUGGGCUGGUUUAACUUAGUCUCGUUUGAGUCUGUUAGGUGAACGAUCCGGCUAAGUUACCUUUACUUAAAAAGCUGGUUAGCGGUGGCGCGCGAAUGAAGGGCAGGGGGAGCGCGCGUUUGGGACUGCGCUGACAGCCCUGUGGACAAAUCCAGAUAGUGUCGAGGUUUCAAGUCGUUCAUUAUGUUUAAUAAGUUCUACGAAUGGAUCGGAACCGGAAUCGCGAGUCUGCGAAACGGAGGUCCGGCGGGUGACGGUCACUCCGGUACAGCGAGAGUGGAUCAGGACGGGACAUUACUGAGAAAAAGACCCUUUGAGUGUUUAGAUGAUGGAGGUGCAGUUGAUCAGGAGGAGGAGAGGGUGGUCAAGAAGUUCAAAAUGGAAAUAUUUAUGACCACAGGGAAAAAUGCAGCCGAAGGAGUAAAGACCCAAGGUUCGAGUGUUGCGGAUUGGGUGCGAAACAACGUCAGUCCCUCCCUGACUAACAUGCUUCCCUCUUCACCGGGUCCUCCUCCAAUAGGAAUCCCAUCAGUACCAUCAACCAGUGCUGCUGCAUCAGCAUCUUUGUGGGCGGAAAACAAGGUUGGAGAGAGGAAACACGAUAGACUUGAGGACACAUUUGUGGCUCCAUCUAGUGCAGUCGAAUGGAGGACCUUCACAAAAUCUGAUUCUUUAAGAACUGAGGAGUCUGUGACCAUAUCAAAAGUUGGCAGAAGACAUGUUUGUAAGGACCAUCUACCCCACGAGACACACAAAGCCAAUGGGCACUCUUUUAAUUUACCAUCUGUCCCCACCCCGAAACCAUCUCUCUCUCCCCGUCUGGGCAGGUCCCUGUACCACCGGCCACACAGCUUACUGUCGUCCUCUGAAGCAAGUACAGGAAAGGCCAACUACACCAACUUGUUUGAGAAGACCUUUCCCAUCCGAGUGGUCCAGAGUCCUUCACACGGCAGCUCGAAUCGACUUUUCAGGGCGAGAACACGCUGUACGGCACAGGAGUCUGUGCGUGCAGAAGAGAAGGAAGUUUACAGGCAGCUCCUAGCCAUGGUGUCCGGUGGCCAGUCGUCCUUUCUUCGUGACGGAAGUUCUCACUCCAGCAUUCGAUCACAGCGAGAUUUCUCAAGCUUCCUGACAUCCAGUCAUCGUCUUCUUCAGUGUUCCUCUCCAGAAGGCUCGGGGGCUGGUACGUCCUCAUACGGGUUAUCCAGUCUACCCCCUAGCCCCCAGCCAGAGUCUAGCCGGGGUUCCAGUGCACUCCCUAGUCCUGGUGCCAGCGCUAGCAUUCCAGAGUACCAUCUUUGGGCCUGUGACCCCGAGCCCACCAUCAAAGGUCAAAUGACCCUUUUCUCAGCUCCAUCACCAGCUGCACUUCAGGAUACUUCUUCUCAGGACACACAGUCGUCGGCUCAUGAUGGAGAUUCAGUCAUUUUUGUCAAGGAGCAGCAAGGAAAGAAGUCAGAGACCUCAAGUGUGCCAUGUUUCCAGGCUGAACUUUGGAUCAAGGAACUGACUAGCCUUUAUGACUCGCGUGCACGGGAGCGACGGAGGUUAAUUGGAGAACAGGAAGCUCUGGCCUCUAAGCUCCAGCGUCAGCGCAUCUGUGGAGAGGGUCGAGUAGCCCCAGCGAGCGUGGAGCUGAAGGUUCGAGUCCCUCUGGAGAAAGAGGUUCCUGUUGCUACUGUUAUCGAAGUUUCUAAGCCUAUUAAGGAAGAGCAAGAAUUCCCAGAGCUAACUGAGGAUAUGGAGAGGGAGGUGAGCAUAGUUUGGAGAGGCAGCAGUCAAGAUGAGGUGCUCAGCGAGGGGUUUCGCCAAACCAUCACCAGAAAGGACCUCCUGACGCUCAGCAGCCUCAACUGGCUCAAUGAUGAGGUUAUUAAUUUCUACAUGAACCUGCUGGUGGAACGCAGUAAGCAACCUAACUUACCCUCUGCUUACACCUUCAACACUUUCUUCUUUCCCAAACUGCGGAGCUCUGGUUACUCUGCUGUCCGCCGCUGGACCAAGAAAGUGGACAUCUUUUCUGUCGACAUCAUUCUGGUGCCUAUUCACCUGGGGGUACACUGGUGCUUAUCCGUGAUCGAUUUCCGCAAGAAGACUAUUACUUACUUUGAUUCCAUGGGAGGAAACAACGACGAGGCCUGCAGUAUUUUAGCCAAAUAUCUAAAACAAGAAAGUGUAGACAAGAGAGGAAAGGACUUGGAUACUUCAGAAUGGACUUUAAGGAGUAAAAGACGCAACGAGAUUCCUCACCAAAUGAAUGGAAGUGACUGCGGCAUGUUCACAUGCAAGUAUGCCGAGUACAUCACCAAAGACAGGCCAAUCACAUUUACACAGAAACACAUGCCCUAUUUCAGAAGACGAAUGGUUUGGGAGAUCCUCAACCGGAAACUCUUGUGAUUGGACACAGCUUUUGUACAGGACAUCAUUCUGUGUCUUUGUAUUGACACCCCUGUGCUCUUCAGGAAUCAGAUUCCCUCAGCUUUAGCUGCUGGAUCAGUCUUUGCAUAUGUUCAGCACACCAGUCGAUUAUAUUGCUGUCCAAUUGAAACGUGGGAGAUCGUCAUGCACCUGUAGGACACUGAUGUGUCAGGCUGUAAAGUUCAGGGCAGUGGUUUCAUGCCCCUUUAUUGAGCCAUAUAACGUGACAUAUUGUUGCUUAGCAAGCAAACAAGAUUUGACCGUGGAAGGAUGUCGUUUUUUUAUUUUUCGUCUUUCAUCUGUGGUAGCUUUCAUUUAUAAGGCCUGUCUUGAGAUGACUUCAAAAGAUUUAGCUUUGCAUCAGACUUUUUGACAGGUCUCUCAAAUCAUCUGAAGUCAUAAAAGUUACAGUGAUAAAAAGAUGGAUUUUGAGUUUCAUGUUUCUCUACGUUCUAAUAGAGGAGCGUUGGUGUCAUAUUUACACUCUAGUCCACGUAAAAUAACCAAAACUGACAAUCAAAGACAAGCUCAGUGUGUUUGGUUGUUAUGUUUGUCCAUUUUAUUGGCUGUAUGUUGCAUACAGUUGAACCAGUUGGUAGUCCUCAAAAUGUCUGUUUUGUUCCGUUACUGUUGAACUGCAGUGCUUUUGACUUCAGUAUGGUUUGGGAUAGCUUUCUUUCUGCAGAGCCGGUGGUUUAUUAUUAUCAGUAUUUAAUGAAUCCACCUAAAGAGUCUUAUGGCAUUUUGGUCAUUUCAGAGACAGGCCGCACUUACAUUCUUUUGCAAAAUUCUAACAAGCCCAACUGCGUCAUCUUGUUUUUUCUGGUCUUUCUUGAUGUUACUCUGUUCUUCAUUUAUGUAAGGGAAACUAUUUUUGGCAAUUUGCAGUUGUUUCUAGAUUUUUGGCCAGGGUAUUGACGGUUGUUGUACAGUAUAUACAGUGACUAUACGGUAAAUCUGAAGACAUAUUUAAUACUGCUUUUGUACCUUUUAUUAUCUGGUUUUGUAUGUUGAGCAGAUCUUUCCGGGAAUAAAUUCCUAAGGUUAUGUGUGUAUGAAAUGAGAAAUGAAAUAAUUUCAAAGUUUGUUUUGUAAAUCUUUUUGAAAGCUUGACAUCUUUUGAUAAAAACAAGCACAAAUAUAAGGAUGAAAUGAACUAUCAAA